AUGGCCGAGAUGAGAGUCAAACAAUCGGAGAGCAAACAAGCCGACGAGGUCCAAGCCGACGAGGUCCAAGUCGAGUUCUCCGACAACGGUUGGCCGGCAUCCCGCGUCCGCGACUCUUUCAUCUCGUUCUUCACGGAAAAGCAUGACCACACCUUCUGGAAGUCUAGUCCGGUUGUUCCUCACGACGACCCCACGCUCCUGUUCGCCAAUGCCGGCAUGAAUCAGUUCAAGCCGCUCUUCUUGGGAACUGCAGACCCAGCUCUGCCUUUGUCAAAGCUGACCAGGGCCACUAACUCCCAGAAGUGCAUCCGUGCGGGUGGCAAGCACAACGACCUCGACGACGUGGGGAAGGACCUCUACCACCACACUUUCUUCGAGAUGCUCGGAAACUGGUCGUUCGGAAGCUACUUCAAGGAAGAGGCCAUCGGGUAUGCAUGGGAAUGUCUGACCACGGUGUAUAAACUCGAUCCUUCUCGGCUGUACGCCACGUACUUCGGUGGAGACGAGAAGCUGAGAGUCGGAGCUGAUGAGGACGCCAAGAAGAUUUGGCUCAAGUACCUCCCCGAGAGCCGAGUCCUGCCGUUCAGUCUGGCUGACAACUUCUGGGAGAUGGGCGACGUUGGUCCGUGCGGGCCGUGUGUGGAGAUCCACUAUGACCGAAUCGGCGGCCGCGAUGCCGCGAAGGAUGUUAACAUGGACAAACCCGAAGUUAUUGAGAUCUGGAACGUGGUGUUCAUCCAGUACAACCGUGAGAACGAUGGUAGCCUCAAGGAACUCCCCAACAAGCACAUCGACACCGGCCUGGGUUUCGAGCGCCUUGCCUCCAUCCUGCAGGGCAAGAUGUCCAACUACGACACGGAUGUAUUCGUGCCUAUUUUCGAAGCCAUUCGCUCCGCCACUGGAGCUCGGCCCUACACCGGAAAGGUUGGCGAGGAGGACAGUGACAACAUGGACAUGGCCUACAGGGUAGUGGCUGACCACAUCCGCACCCUCACGAUAGCCAUCACGGACGGGUGCACCCCUUCCAACGACGGUCGCGGUUACGUCUUGCGUCGCGUGUUGAGGAGGGCCAUUAGGUACGGACAACAGGUCCUCGGUGGCAAGCCUGGCUUCUUCCACACUCUUGUGCCCGUGGUGGUGGGACUGAUGAAGGGGAUAUUCCCGGAGCUUGUCGACGCAGAGGCGCGAGUGACAGCCGUGAUCAAGGACGAGGAGAUGUCCUUCAACAAGACUCUCGACAAGGGACUCAAGGAAUUCAACAAGGUCGCGGCCGCCCUUGGCGACAGCAAGGUUUUCCCUGGUACGGCCGCGUUCCAGCUGUACUCGUCUAUGGGCUUCCCACUCGACCUGCUGACGCUGAUGGCAGAGGAGAAGGGUCUGAGCGUAGACGUUGAGGGUUUCGACCAGAAGAUGUCCGACGAAAAGACGAAGAGCAACCAAGCCAGAAGCAACCAAAAGGCCGCCGGAGGCAAGCCUAUGAUAUUGGAAGCUGAACAGAUGGACUGGCUCUCGAAGCGAGACACGGAGGCCACGGAAGCGUCUGGACGGUACACCUGGCACCAGCAGCCCGCAGCGAAGGUGCUUGCCCUGUUCGUCGGGAAGGGAGAGGGAGAAGACGGCGUAGGGUUUGUGCCUUCCGCGUCCGCCGUCGCCGACGAGGCAGACCAGCAGACGGUCGGGGUGGUGCUUGACUGCACCAGCUUUUACGCCGAGGGGGGCGGGCAGAUCUACGACAUCGGCGAGCUGUCACUGUCGGAUGGGUCUGGCUCGUUCGCCGUCCGCCAGGUUUCUAGCUUCGGCGCCUACACUCUGCACAUCGGGCAGGUCAAGGCCGGCACACUGUCAGUGGGGAGCGACGUGGUGUGCAAGGUAGACUACGAGAGGCGGGCCAAUGUGGCUCCGAACCACACCAUGACGCACGUCCUCAACUUCGCCCUCAGAAAGGUGUUGGAUCCUUCUGAUGGCAUGUGCGACCAGAAGGGCUCUUUCCUCGACGAUGAGAAACUUCGAUUCGACUUCUCGUGGUCAGGAUCUCUCACGGCUGAACAGGUAGCCGAUGUGGAGGACUUGGUGAACGACAAGAUCAACAAAAACUUGCCGGUCUACGCGUUCGUCGCGCCCCUCGAACAGGCACAGCGCAUCCAGAGCCUCCGCGGCGUGUUUGGCGAGAGGUAUCCUGACCCAGUGAGAGUGCUCAGCAUCGGCCAGGAUGUCCCGGCAAUGCUUGAGGACCCCGAGAACUCGGCCUGGUCUGACGUUUCGGUGGAGUUCUGCGGCGGAACCCACCUGAGCAACACCCAGGAGGCGGAGACGUUCGUCAUCCUAGAGGAGGCGGGCAUCGCCAAGGGCGUGCGGCGCAUUGUCGCAGUGACCCGCGGGCUGGCCCUUGCUGCUGUUGAGAGGGCCAAGGCGUUCGAACAGCAGCUCGACGUGGCCGACGGGAUCGAAGAUAUCUCUCUCGACACUACGGUCCGACGCCUGGGUGCGGAGCUUGACGGUGCAGUUAUCUCGGUCAAGACGAAGAACAAACUACGCGCUCGUCUGGCGACCCUCGUCCAAAAGGCUAAGGCACUGAAGAAGAAGGUGAUGGAGGAGCGUGUGGGACAGGCGGUCACUGUGGGCAAGGCGGAAGCCGAGAAGACCAAGGAGGCUGGUGGGACCCAGCUGGUUUUCCGCGCGGACUUCGGGUGCGAUGCGAAGUCCGCCGUAAAGAUCCUCGCCGAGGUGUCCAAGGCAUGUCCUGAACUGACGUCCAUGAUGCUCUUCACCGCGGACGAAGAGGCUGACCGGUAUCUGUGCUGCGGCCUCAUCCCCAACUCUAAGGCUGCGAAGAAGGACACCAACAAAUGGGUGCAGUGUGCGCUUGAUGCGUCCGGCAGGGGGGGAAAGGGCGGAGGCAAGGGGGACCGCGCGCAGGGCAUCAGUCAGGGCGUUGACACAAUUGACAAGGCGAUGGAGGUUGCCCGUGGCCCGGUUUGA